AACAACUCAGAUUAACAUAGUCCACAUUCAAUGUACUUGAAAUGCUUUCAUUUCAAACAAAGAGUUCAAAAUUUUGAUUGGCGAACCUCAAAAAUCCACCCAAUCAAAAUCCUCAUCAUUUUUUUUACCCAAUUUUAUUCUUAGUUCCAGUCAACCAAAAACUCCACCUUUGGAGUAAGCCAAAACAAUGGCGAUUCUGGAUGAUUAUUCAACUCUAUCGCCUCCCAAUUCGUACGCCGCCGUGGUUCUCGGCGGCACCUUCGAUCGCUUGCACGACGGCCAUCGCCAAUUCCUCAAGGCUGCGGCGGUGUUGGCGAGGGAUCGAAUCGUGGUUGGUGUCUGCGAUGGCCCUAUGCUCACCAACAAAAAGUAUUCUUAUCUGAUAGAGACAAUUGAAGAAAGAACGAAAAAUGUUAAAGAUUACAUUAAGUCUAUAAAAUCGGAGCUCGUUGUGCAAGUGGAACCGAUUGUGGAUCCUUAUGGCCCCUCAAUUGUUGACGAUAAUUUGGAGGCUAUUGUUGUCAGUAAGGAAACUUAUCCCGGAGGAUUAUCGGUCAACAAGAAGAGGGGCGAAAGAGGUCUUUCACAACUAAAGAUUGAAGUUGUUGACUUAGUCCCCGAAGAAUCCACUGGGGAGAAGUUGAGUUCUACGGCGUUACGGAGAGUUGAAGCUGAGAAGCACAGCAAGUCUAAUGCAUUUGCAGAUAGUGCACACAAGAUGAAUGAUCUAAUGACAAACUCGUUUCAAAGUUACGUGGAGUUGAAGAAACAAGCCCACAUCGAUCUCGAACAUGAGAGGGACUUAGAGUUAGGGCAGCAACAAACGGACGACGAAGAAAAUCUAUCCCACUUCUUCCAAGAAGUCGAAACAAUCAAGAACGAGAUGCAAGACAUCGCGAACCUCCUACUCGAUCUCAAAACCCUAAACGAGGAGACGAAAUCCACUUACCGGGCCAAAAUCCUCCGCGGCUUAAGGGACCGAAUGGAUUCCGACAUGGUCGCCGUCCUGAGAAAGGCCAAAACGGUCAAAUCACAUCUCGAAGCCCUCGAUAAAUCCAACGUGGCGAACCGGAAAAUAUUCGCACAAGGCAGCGCCAUCGAUCGGACGAGGGUUUCGACCACAAACGGGCUGAGGUCCAAGCUCAAGGACCUCAUGAACGGGUUCCAAGCCUUGAGGGAGAAGAUUAUGUCGGAUUACAAAGAGGGGUUGAAGAGGCGGUACUUCAACGCGACAGGGGAGUACCCGAGCGACGAGGUGAUGGAGAAAAUGGUGACAGGGAAUGGAAGCGUGAGUGCGUUCGAGGAGAAAACUGAGGGUAAUUUGGAGAAUAAGGAGAGGCACGAGGCGGUGAUGGAUAUAUGGAGGAGUUUGAAUAAGCUUCAUCAGGUGUUUCUUGAUAUGGCUGUCAUUGUCGAGGCGCAGGGGGAGCAGAUCGAUGACAUUGAGAGAAACGUUGCUGUGGCGGGUAGCUUUAUCAGCGGCGGAACGAAUAGUUUGUUCUACGCGAAGAAGAUGAAGAAGGAUGGUAAUAAGUGGAUUUGUUGGGUUUUGGCUGUGGGGUUUGUUGUGUUGUUGGUUUGCUUAGUUGCUAUGCUCACUAAUUGAAGAGAAUAUUCUCUGUUAUUUUUCGUCGUUUUUUUUUUCCGGGUUUUUUUUUAAUAGGGAGUUGGUUGUAAAUUCUCGUUUUAGUAAGAUUUUCGUAUGAGUUUUUAAGAUUUUUUCGGUUUUUCGAGUAUGUAUCUGUGCAGAUUGCUGAUUUAGUUCUUUGUUGGCUUCGGCAACUUCUGAAGCAAAUAUGAAAACUGGGAAACUGAUAAAUUGUCGACAGUAAUUUUCGAGUAAAAUUACAGAGAUACACACAGAUGUGUAAGGAAACAUUAUUUUUUAUUGAUGAAGCGUUACAAGUUACACUUGGUGCGUUUUAUUUGGACGAGACAUCGGUCUUAAUGAAAGAAAAAGAAAA